UGUUUUGUUUUCCAGGAAGCCAUUAUAUGGAUUAUUUCAAUACAAUUCCAAUAUGAUUGGACUAGAAUCAUUAGAUGAUCCUUCAGACACCUGGGAGAUUAUAGAGACUAUUGGAAAAGGCACUUACGGUAAAGUCUAUAAGGUUGCCAAUAAGAAAGAUGGGAGUCUGGCAGCAGUAAAGAUUCUGGAUCCUGUCAGUGAUGUAGAUGAAGAAAUUGAAGCAGAAUAUAAUAUUUUGCAGUUUCUUCCCAAUCAUCCUAAUGUUGUUAAAUUUUAUGGGAUGUUUUACAAAGCAGAUCAGUAUGUGGGAGGACAGCUCUGGCUAGUACUUGAGCUAUGCAACGGAGGUUCUGUCACGGAGCUUGUCAAAGGCUUGCUCAAGUGUGGCCAACGGUUGGAUGAAGCUGUAAUCUCAUACAUUCUGUAUGGUGCUCUCCUGGGCCUUCAGCAUUUACACAAUAACCGGAUCAUUCAUCGUGAUGUCAAAGGGAACAACAUUCUCUUGACAACAGAAGGUGGAGUCAAGCUCGUUGACUUUGGUGUUUCAGCCCAGCUCACAAGCACACGUCUGCGUAGGAACACCUCAGUGGGAACACCCUUCUGGAUGGCACCUGAGGUCAUUGCUUGUGAACAACAGUAUGACUACUCCUAUGAUGCUCGGUGUGACGUAUGGUCCCUGGGAAUAACAGCUAUUGAACUGGGGGAUGGAGACCCUCCUUUAUUUGACAUGCAUCCUGUGAAAACGCUUUUUAAAAUUCCAAGAAAUCCUCCUCCUACUCUCCUACAUCCUGAAAAUUGGUGCAGAGGAUUCAACCAUUUCAUUUCACAGUGUCUUAUUAAGGACUUUGAAAAGCGUCCUUCAGUCACCCACCUUUUGGAACAUCCAUUUAUUAAACAAGUACAUGGUAAAGAUAUGUCUCUGCAAAAACAGCUGGCUGAGCUCAUCCAAGAACAGCAGCAGCUGGGCUCUGUAGCCAAAACAAGGCAUGAACGAAUGCAUACUAGAAGACCUUACCAUGUGGAUGGAGCUGACAAGUACUCACUAGAUGAUGAUCUGGUAAAUCUAGAGGUGCUAGAUGAGGAUACAAUUAUCCAUCAGCUGCAGAAACGUUAUGCCGACUUUCAAAUUUAUACUUAUGUCGGAGACAUUUUAAUAGCCUUAAACCCCUUCCAGAAUCUCAGCAUUUAUUCUCCACAGUUCUCCAAGCUUUAUCAUGGUGUGAAGCGUUCAUCCAAUCCCCCACACAUAUUUGCCUCUGCGGAUGCUGCCUAUCAAAGUAUGGUUACCUCCAGCAAAGAUCAGUGCAUUAUCAUCAGUGGAGAAAGUGGUGCUGGAAAGACAGAAAGUGCCCAUCUGAUCGUCCAGCAUUUGACCUUCUUGGGGAAGGCCAAUAACCGUGCUUUGCGCGAGAAAAUUCUUCAGGUGAAUCCUCUGGUCGAAGCAUUUGGAAAUGCCUGCACUGCCAUCAAUGAUAACUCAAGUCGCUUUGGAAAGUACCUGGAAAUGAUGUUUACACCCACAGGAGCUGUAAUGGGAGCAAAGAUUUCUGAAUAUCUACUUGAAAAAUCGAGAGUCAUAAAACAGGCUGUAGGGGAGAAAAAUUUCCAUAUAUUUUAUUAUAUUUAUGCUGGCCUUUAUCAUGAGAAGAAACUUUCUGAAUAUAGGCUUCCAGAAAAGAAGCCUCCUAGAUAUAUUGAUAAUGAAACCGGAAGAGUGAUGCAGGAUAUUAUUACUAAAGAUUCCUAUGGAAGACAGUUCGAAGCCAUUCAGCACUGCUUUAGAAUUAUAGGAUUCACUGAUGAGGAAGUGCAUUCAGUGUACAGAAUUCUGAGUGGGAUUUUAAAUACUGGAAACAUUGAGUUCGCUGCCAUUUCUUCACAACACCAAACAGAUAAAAGUGAGGUUCCCAACCCAGAAGCCUUAGACAAUGCUGCUGCCCUGCUAAGCAUUGGGUCAGAAGAACUUCAAGAGGCCCUAACCUCCCACUGUGUUGUAACACGAGGAGAGACUAUUAUCCGAACAAACACUGUGGACAAAGCGGCUGACGUGCGAGAUGCCAUGUCCAAAGCACUUUAUGGCCGACUCUUCAGCUGGAUCGUAAAUCGUAUUAAUACCUUGCUGCAGCCAGAUAAAAAUAUAUGCAAUGUUGAAAAUGGAAUGCAUGUUGGGAUACUAGAUAUUUUUGGAUUUGAGAACUUUGCAAGAAAUUCAUUUGAACAGCUGUGCAUAAAUAUUGCUAAUGAACAGAUCCAGUUUUAUUUCAAUCAGCACAUCUUUGCACUUGAGCAGAUGGAGUAUCAGAAUGAGGGAAUUGACGCUGCUGCUGUGGAGUAUGAGGACAACCGUCCGCUUCUAGAUAUGUUCCUCCAGAAGCCCAUGGGCCUCCUUUCUCUGCUAGAUGAAGAAAGCCGAUUUCCUCAGGCAACAGACUUGACUUUAGUUGAUAAAUUUGAAGAUAACUUACGAUGCAAAUACUUUUGGAGACCAAAAGGAGCAGAAUUGUUAUUUGGUAUUCAACACUAUGCUGGAAAGGUAUUAUAUGAUGCCUGUGCAUUCCUGGAGAAGAACAGAGACACUCUUCACAAACUUCUUCAGCAACUGUUCUCUAGCCCACUAACCAAAACAGGUAACUUGGCACAGGCAAGAGCCAGAGUGACAGCGGCAUCUAGGUCUUUGCCUCCACAGCUGAGUGCUGGGCGUAUCAAGGUUGACACAAUGGAGGUGAUGCGACACCCUGAGGAAACAACUAACAUGAAGCGGCAAACUAUGGCCUCCUAUUUUAGGUAUUCCCUCAUGGAUCUUUUAUCCAAAAUGGUUGUUGGACAGCCUCACUUUAUCCGUUGCAUUAAACCUAAUGAUGAUCGAGAGGCACUGACAUUUUCUCACAAGAGAGUUUUAGUGCAGCUAAGAUACACAGGAAUUCUAGAAACUGUCAAAAUACGUCAAAAGGGGUAUUCUCAUCGCAUCCUCUUCGAAGAGUUUGUGAAAAGGUAUUACUACCUGGCUUUCAAGGCACAUGAGACUCCUCUUGGUAGCAGAGAAAAUUGUCUUGCCAUUUUGGAAAAAUCUAAACUAGACAACUGUAUUCUUGGGAAAACCAAGGUUUUUCUUAAGUAUUACCAUAUAGAGCAGUUAAAUUUGUUCCUACGAGAAGUUAUAGGCAGGGUUGUAGUAAUGCAAGCCUAUAUCAAGGGAUGGCUCGGAGCAAGGAGGUACAAGAAAGUCAAAGAGAAAAGAGAAAAUAGUGCUGUUGCCAUACAGUCAGCCUGGAGAGGAUAUGAAGCUCGCAGGAAGUACAGGGAAAUAAGGAACAGAAGAACUGAUGCUGCUAUACAUAUUCAAGCAGCUUUCAGGGGAUACAUUGUUCGUAAAAACUGCACAAGACUGAAAAACAGGACUGAUUGUUGUGUAGAUCCUCAGCAUAUGAGCAGCUGCUCUGCUUCUGAUUUUGACUGUGAAGAGUGCUGGUCCUAUUACAUCUCUGAGUUCUCUGAGAAAAUCAAUGGCUGGUUUGAUGGUUCGGAAAACUGUCUUGAACAGAAGCUGAGAACACCUCGUCGACGAUGUCAGCAGCCCAAAAUGCUGAAUAGCCCUGAGGACAACAUGUACUAUAACCAGUUAAAUGGAACUCUAGAAUAUCAAGGGAGCAAGAGGAAGCCAAGAAAACUUGGCCAAAUCAAAGUGCUUGAUGGAGAGGAUGAGUACUACAAAUCAUUGUCAGCUGCUGAAUCUAUACCUGAAGGUGAAGGCUCCUUCAGUUGCCCAUCUCCUUCCCCAAGAGGAGUGACUUUUGCUCAGAGCUGAACUUCACUUAUUUUAUUGUCUAA